AUUGGAAUUAAGCAUGAGAUGAUUCGCAUUGCUUCAGAUAAUGAUAACACUAUCUAUGUUGAAACAUAAAAAAAAAAACCAGAAAAAGAAACACGUUAGUGGUACGAUUGUAUCUGAAUUGUUUUUGCUCGCCUCAACAGAAAGUAUAAAAGCAACUGCGACUUUGCUCAACCAAUGCUCUCUCCAAAUUUUUAUCUUUGUGAAUAAUAUAUAUACGAUAAUAACAAAAUGAUUGGAAUUGAUAACUACGUUGCUACUGGUUCAGUCAAGAGCGCUUGGAUUACUCUUUAUAUUCUUACCAUCAUCCUUGGUCUACUCUAUUCAGUUAAACCUCUUUUCACUGAUGAUUCAGACGUUGCUGAUGUUGAAGCCGGUGAUAAGCAAUCUUCUGGCGGUAUUAUGUCUAAGAUCGGUAGAGCAUACAACCUUGUCAAGGAUAAUGUACUUAUGCUUUUGAUUUCCCUUUCACUUAACGGUUUUGGUGCUGCUUCCACCAGAGCAUUAAGUAUUAUUUCUUGGAUCUAUUUUGCUCUUACCAUUGUUGCUGCCAUCGCCGUCAUGGUUAUUGACCAUAAGUUCAUUCGUGCAGGCUGUAACUUUGUCUUCUUUGUCCUUAUCCUGAUCGAAACGUCUCUUGCUUGGAAGCAAGGCUGGUAAAUAAUAACCUGUGCCUACCACUUCCUCCUCUUUUCUUUAUCACCGGUUAUUGUUCCAUAAGUGCACAACUGGUUAGAUACCUCCCGUUUAAACUACUCGCUACUUUAUUCUGUGUAAUUUCUCUUAAUAGUCUCUACUCAUACAAUUUAAUUCAAAAUAAUCUUAAUCUAAUAUCGAAACAGUCAUAAUG